AUGUCAGAUACGUUGGACAUGGGGGAAAUUGCCAGCUUAGAUAAGGCCAAGCUGAAGAAGACAGAGGUGCAAGAGAAGAACACCCUGCUGACCCAAGAGACCCUUGAGCAGGAGAAGCAAGCAAAGUGA